GUAUGAAGCGAACCGCGAUGAGGAACGGAGUGAGACUGUUGCUGCUGGUCGCAGCCAUGUGUCUGGGGGCCGGUGUCGGGGCGACGCAGUGGACCCACGCGGUCCAACUGUCGCCCAACUACACGCUGCACUGGCGGCCCAACGAAUCUAGCGUGUCUUUCAAAAUCGAGGCCCGCACCCUCGGCUUCGUCGGUCUGGGCUUCUCGCCAAAGGGCGGCAUGGCCAACGCCGACAUUAUCCUCCUCUGGGUUGACGACUACACCGGAGAAGCCCACGUGGGGGACUACUAUGCAACAGGUAAUGCAAAACCCCGAAGAGACGAGGUCCAGAACGUGGAGCUUCUUGGAGGCGAGCAAAAUGGCACUCAUACAAUCGUCAAAUUUAGAAGAGAGUGGGAAACCUGCGACCAGCUCCACGACAUGGCACUAGGGGAGGAAACAGUCCGUCUGAUUUGGGCGCUCGGCCAGAAGGACCCUGCGAACGGCAACGAUCCAUCCGUGUGGCACGGCAAACAGAUGAGGGGCGCGAAGAGCGUGUACCUGAAAACGGCGAGUCUGCAGAAGAAGAAGAAGCGGGCGAACCACCAAAAGCCCGUGCGCUUCUGGGACGUCAAAAUGAGCAACCUCUUGAUUCCUGACAACAUGGACACGAGGUACUGGUGCAAAAUCUUCAAGCUGCCCUAUUUGGAAAAGAAGCACCACAUGAUUGGGUACUCGCCACUGAUCGAUCCGAGGAACAAGGAGGCUGUGCACCACAUGAUUCUGUACGAGUGCGUUCACUCGCGGGCACACUCCAUGUUUGCGCGCUACAUUGCCCACGAAGGCGCCGCUUGCUACUCGCCCAAAAUGCCUAGCGACUGGGAACACUGCCUCACGCCUAUCGUUACGUGGGCCAUUGGAUCCGAGGGAGAACUUCUUCCGGAGCACGUCGGCCUGCCUUUGUCUAACACCGAUUACCCCAGUGACACUUACUUCAUGCUCGAGGUCCACUACGACAACCCCACCUUCAAAAACGCACGAGACAACUCAGGCAUUCGAGUGCACUUCACGGAGGAGCUGCGCGAGUACGACGGCGGCGUGAUGACGAUCGGCACGACGAUCACUCCGCUGCACAUGAUUCCGCCGCGGCAGGAGUCGUACGCCACGGCCGGCUACUGCAGCGACGAGUGCACCUCGCAGAUGCUGCCUGAAACGGGCAUCAAAGUGGUGUCUGUGGUGCUGCACGCGCACCUGGCAGGCAGGGCCAUGACUUUGCGCCACAUCCGAAACGGCAAGGAGCUUGCACCCAUCGUUAAGGAUUCGCACUACGAUUUUAACUACCAGCAAGCCCGAGUUUUGAGCAACGAAGUGCAGAUUGAGCAGGGUGACGAGUUGAUCAUGGAGUGUGGAUACCAAACAAUCAACAGGACUGAGCCGACUUUUGGUGGCUAUUCAACGAAAGAGGAAAUGUGCCUGGCCUUCGUGCUUUACUACCCCCAAACGUCGCUGGCCGGCUGCUACAGCAUGACCCCUGUCGAGUCCUUCUUUUCCAUCCUGGGAGUGAGUGAGUUCUACGACAUGGACAUGGCCAAGAUCAAGAAAAUGCUGCUGCACAACGACAAGGAUUCGCGUCCGAAGCCGUCGGUGGACACGCCGCCGGCCCCCGGCACUCCUUUCCCCGACUCCCCCCUUGGAGGGGGUCACAUCAACGACGAGGCCAACCAGAAGGCCAUCCAGGCCCUUUUGAACAUGAAGGAGUUCACCAUCGAGCCGGUCGACGGCGCCGUCGACGCGGCCGGCAUCCUCGACGGACUCAGGAUUCGGCUGCCGUACGAGUUCCAGAACAGAACCAUUCUCGACCAUUUGCAAGCCCUGUCGUGGACGGACAAACUGCUAGCCAAGAAGGUGGAGGACGCUUUCUACCACGGUCAGCACCUCAUCUUCUGUAGGAGAAAGGACGACUCUCUCGCCUUUCUGCCGAAAGUGCAAACGCUGCCGAACAUCACGCACCCCCACCAAGCGCUGGAGAAGUCCAACUGUCCAGUUCGCAGAGGAGCCCAACUGGGCAUGUACUCGCCCAACAACGCCAACAGUCUGAAAACCACCAUCGGUGUCCCGCUCACAAUCACAAUGAUUCACAUCCUUUCUAAACUGCACUGAACAUCAAAGACUAAAUAAUCAUCGAUUGCAACGAAAAUGGAGCCAUCGUUUUUGGGCCGCAAUGAGAUGAAGUUCAUAUAUAUUUAUAGAGGUUGUGAUUGUAAAAUGAGCUGAGGAAGUAAUGAUUACAAGUAUUUGAAAGGACGAAUUGUUACCAGAGUAAUGAAUGGACGUGUAGCUGAUCAUAAAAACCAUGUGAUACGUUUUGUAUAUCUCCGACCGCAUUAAUUAAUUAAUUGAAAUUCAAAGCUUAACACGCACAUGCUUUCGUAGAGAUAGGAAACACUACGUAGAUGUAAAAAUAAGUAGAUAAGGCGUCAUCGUUUUCAUGUAAUCAAAAUUUUCCUUUAGUUUGUCAUUCGAUUCAUCCAUCUCCUUCCCACGUGUACAAAUCAUUUAUUCAUUUUGAAUUGUAAGGUAAUUAAUGUUCCCUAGUCUCACUCAGAAAUACGACAAACUAUUAUGUUACGCCAGGCUGUCGACGCCUGGUUCAAAGGCUUUCGUUUUGAUCUUACGUGAAGGAAAAUUGUACUUCAGUCUUCGUAAUUUAUUAAUAUUGUAAUGAAUUUUUGCUUAAACUUCCUUUAAUAUUAAUGUACCGUUCCGCUAGUGAAGAGUAAAAUCGAAUAAUCGUAA